AUGUCGCUUAUUAAUGUCAAAGUUCAAUUUAUUGGAAUUUCAUCAAAAGAAUCACUGAAGGUUAAUGGAAAUGGCUCGUUAAUCCACAAGUUCUCCCCAUCAGCUUCCAUCAAUGAUGUCUUAAUCCAUUUUGAGAAAGGUAUCCAGGCAUCAUCUCCAGAAUUCAAGAUAUUCAACAGAGAGGUGACGCAUAAAUUAAAAACUGUCAAACAGAUCACAUUAGUUCAAAUUGCCAAUAAAAGGGUUUCUAGUUCUCAGGAUCUCGCUAAAUCUUUGACAGACUACGGUUUUGAUAGCGGAAGUUGCCUCUUAAGAAUUAGCUUCCAAAAUAUGAGUGGUACUGUAGCCACUAAGCCAACUGAAGAACCAAAAGUUACAUCCGCUGCAACAAAAAAAGAGGAAACCAAGGAGAUCAUAAAUAAUGAGGUAAAAAAAGAUCAUCAACCAAGUUAUGAAAUUUACAAGCCUUCAGAAUCCAAAAACCCUUUGGCUACGGGUGCAGAUGACGAUGGUGAUCUUGAAAUGUCUGUGGAUGACGCUAGAAAAUAUCAACAAAUUCUCAAAGGCAAGGCUAAUGCGAAAAGUGAGUACGUCAUGGCUAAGUUGAAAAAGAAAGAGGAAGAGAAAAAGUUGCGAUCGAAAAAUGAAGAAGUCAAAGAUGUUAAUAUCAGAGUGAAAUUUCCCGAUCUAUCAUUAACCCAAUUGAAAUUCACCUCAGUUAAUACAAUCAAAGACAUGAUUUUGUUUUUUCAGAAUAAGAUCUUAUUAAAGGAAUUCAAAUACAACUUAGUAAUUCCAAACUUCAAUUACAACAACACAAAUAGGGGUAAACUCGGUAAAGCAGCUUCAGUGGCUGAUGAUAAUAUAUACUGGAAAGAUAUCAAAUCGGUCCUUGAUGGCCAUGAAGGCAAGGCCCCGAUUCUUGGGCAAAAAUUGGCCCAUUAUAAUCAAGCUAGUUUCAUUUUUGAAUUAAUAAUUCCUGGUUCUAAUUUCGAGAAAGAUAAGUUAGACUAUAAAAUAGACUCUACCUAUAGAGGACCAUUCAUAAGGAAUGAAAAAAGUGCUCAAGCGAUCAAUAAAUUGGUGGAUGCUAAAGAAAGCCAUUCCAGUGUUGCUACGACUCUUGGAGGGAAACUCUUCAAGAGAGGUGUUGGUGAAUCAUCAUCAAAAUCGUCAUCUGAAACAAAGAAGGUCCCUAAGUGGUUGAAGUUGUCCAAGAAGUAG